CCUCCCCCUCGCUUUCCUUCUCUCCCCGGCGACCGACGCCUCUCGUUCUCGCGGCCUCUCCGCCGGUUCCCGUUCCCGGGACUCGGCCCCUAACAAAGAUGGCGGCGACGGGUUGGCUGGUUGCCAUGGAGAUGGGGCCUAGCGGGGCCUAGUGGAGCCUGAGGCCUGUGCCGAGGAAUCGGUGCAAGGUCAGAGCUGCAGCCCCGGCUAAAUCUUCAUGUCGCAGGGAGUCUUUUUCGAUUCAUUAGCUCAAAAUAUAUUGUGAGAUGUAAUAUCCAAUACACAGAGAACGUAACCAGCAAGCGUGAAUCUGAGUUGUCUCCUUGUUGCCCUGCCUGAUUGGAUUGUUCAGAGUGGGAAUCAGGAUGGCAUGUGCUUUGAGAGUCAGAGAUUGCUUCCAGCAGCAACUCGACCUGAUCCUGAAAGGGGGUCAUUCUAUCCCUGAGGAUCUGCAAUCUGAGCUCAAGUCUUGUGUCAACAGUACCCCCUACACGGUUCCCUUUGACCUUCUGAGAAAACUUCACAAAUUCUUACAAGAGAAAGGUUUCCCUAUCUAUCUACAUGAACUCCUGGAAGGAGCAGAAAUAUUUACACCAGAAGUGAAACUGCCGGAGAGAAACCCAGAGCUGGUGGCCAGAUUAGAGAAGAUCAAAGCGAACCUCGCAAACCAAGAGUACAGACGGAUUACCAAAAACGUCAACUGCCAGCAGGUAAACCGGUACGGCACUCUGGGAGAUUUGGGAAGACAAGUGCGAUCGGUGAAGGCAGUGGUGGUGACCAUCUUUAACUUCCUGGUGACAGUGGGGGCUGCGUUUGCCUGCACAUACAUCGGCAGUCAGUACCUCUUCACAGACUUAGCAGCGCGAGUCCUUUCUGCAUUGAUCGUGUCCUCUGUGGUCGGUUUGGCAGAGCUCUAUGUGCUUGUGCGUACGAUGGAAGGAGAACUAGGAGAGAUGUAACACGCUGCUGAAUACACUUGAAACCUCCUGUUUCACAGGAUGAGAUUUGUGUUCCAUUGGCACAGUUUAACUAGAAUCUGCUCUAUAAGCUGGUUCAGGUGACACUGCACGUUUUGGGGAUGCUUGAAGUUUCUCAUUCGAUAAAUUCUGUCUUUGCCUGGUACCUGUUGUCCUGUUGUUUCCACAUUUUUAAGUUGUCCUGGUACUGGGAGCAGUGAUGCCCCUAUUCUUCUCCAUUUGUUGCUUUGAGGGCUUUAAGGAGUCAGCUAGAUAUAGUUACAUAGCACGUCCUUCCCCUCCUCGCUGCAGCCUCCAGCAUGAGAUGAGCUUCAUAUGGUUAGUGUUAGGCCCGUUGUUCCUAGCUGGAGCGCUCUGGUUUGAAACUGAACAGUUUAGCUAUUAGUCGUAGAAUAGAUACAACACGGAAAGAGGCUAUUCGGUCCAUUGUGUCUGUGCUGGCUCUUUGCAAUAGCAAUUCACUUGGUACAAUGCUCCUGCCUUUUCUUGUAGCCUUGCAAAUAUUUUCUCUUCACAUAAUUAUGCAGUUCCCUUGAAUCUGCCCCCACCAUUCCCAAGCAGUGCAUUCCAAAUCCUAACUACUCGCUGCAUCAAAAUAUUUUUCCUUAUGUCACCAUUGCUUCUUUUGCCAAUCACUUUAAGUCGCAGUUCUCUACCCCUCUGCCAACGAGAGUAGUUUCUCCCAAUCUGCUCUGUCCAAGACCACCCCCCCAUGAUUUUAAACAUCUCUAUCAAAUGUCUUCUCAGUCUUCUCUCCAAGCAGCUCCAGCUUCCCCAAGCCACCUACAUAACAGACCCUCCCUUAGUGUCUAGAAAUCUUAUAACAUGUAAACCAAAUGACCAGGGUGAAAUAAAAUUCCAUUUUCCAGUUUA